CUUUGUACUUGAAAGACACCAAAAUGAAGUUGCUAAAGAACAAUGGAGGGCAUUUCCUCUUUUGUUGUGUGCUUUUUCAAAUUCUUGUUGCUGGAUGUGAGAGUCUAGAAGCAGUAGCACCACAACAAAAGAAAAACUGCACCUAUGUCAUUACCAUAGAAACCACAUGCACAUGGGGAGCUGAAACCUCAAAUCGUGUGAGCCUAAGAUUUGGAGGCACAAACUCAAGUGAAAUAUUGGUUAGACACCUAAAUAUCAAGCACCUAAGACAAGUUGACCCAUUGGAGCCUGAGGUUCUUGAUGACAUCCCAAGGAAACCAUUUCAAGCAUGCAUGGUAGAUCAAUUCGUGGUCACGGCACCUUGUGUCGAGUCCCCCAUAUGUUACUUGUACCUCAAGUUAUUCGGAAACGAUGACUGGCGGCCGGGUUAUGCACAAGUUCAGGUGCUGGAGGGCUCUCACCUUAGCUCUAAUAACUUCUAUUUCCGACGAUAUUUGCCUAGGCAUGUUUGGCAUGGUUCGGAUGUAUGUGAUAGUGAGGUUACUCCUUUUGGUCUCAAGAAGAGAAAAGUUCAUGUGGAGAAUCCAUGAAUGAUGUAAAAUUAUGUACAACUUUCUACUUUAUAGUGUAUUUCUUUUGAUCAAGUAGUAGUAAUUUUCCUCCCUGAAAUGUAAAUUACUGAAUACUAGUGUCUUUUAAAUUAGCGAA